AACACUAAGAAUUGCUCAAUUUGGGUAAUUGCACUUUCAUGUUUUUUUUUCCUGUUGGCAAAAAAUAUUAAACUUAUCUUGCACCGAAUCAUUAUCACAACUUGCAAAAAUAGCUCAAGAUAAGGAGGGCAAUAAAUCUGCAAACUUACACAAUAAGUUUCUCAGUUCUGUCUUGGCCAGUGUUGUGUGAAGAGUUCGUGGUAAUUUAAAUAUCAAAUAAGACCGAAAAUGACUGAACAAUUACGUUUUGAUGGUCGUGUUGCCAUUGUGACUGGCGCUGGUGCUGGAUUGGGCCGCGAAUACGCUUUGCUUUUGGCUUCUCGUGGUGCUAAAGUUGUAGUAAACGACUUGGGUGGCACUCACAAUGGUGAAGGCGCCUCAAGUCGUGCUGCCGAUGUGGUGGUUAAUGAAAUCAAGUCCAAAGGUGGCCAAGCUGUAGCUGACUACAACUCAGUGGUGGAUGGCGAGAAAGUAGUGGACACUGCCAUUAAGGCUUAUGGACGUGUUGAUAUUAUUAUCAACAACGCUGGCAUUUUGCGUGAUCGCAGCAUUGCAAAAAUUUCCGAACAGGAUUGGAAUUUAAUUCAUGAUGUCCAUUUAAAGGGCAGUUUUAAAGUUACCCAGGCUGCUUGGCCCUACAUGAAGAAACAGAACUAUGGCCGCAUUAUUAUGACCUCUUCCAACUCGGGAAUGUAUGGUAACUUUGGACAAGCCAAUUAUUCGGCAGCCAAAAUGGGUUUGGUGGGUCUGGCCAACACUGUGGCCAUUGAAGGCACCAAGAACAAUAUUCACUGCAACGUCAUUGUGCCUACAGCUGCCAGUCGUAUGACUGAAGGUAUUUUGCCUGAUAUGCUUUUCAACGAAUUAAAGCCACAAUUGAUUGCCCCUGUUGUUGUCUAUUUGUGUCACGAAUCUUGCGAGGAUAACGGCGCCUACAUUGAAAGUGCUGCUGGUUGGGCUACCAAAGUACAAAUUUUCCGUGGUAAAGGCACUGUCCUUCGUACUUCAAUCGAACAGGAUACCAUCGCUCCUGAAGCAGUGCAGAAACUUUGGGGCAAAGUUACUGAUAUGAGCGAAGCCACCAGUUUGGAUGCCAUCAGCCGGGCCUCCGGUUACUUGCUUGAAGUUUUGGAAAAACUUAAGGAAGGUAAAAUCGGUGAUGUAGAAGAUACCUUCUCAUUUGGGUCUAAGGAUUUGAUUCUGUACGCCUUGGGCAUUGGAGCUACCGUUAAAAAUGCUGAUGACUUGAAAUUCUUAUACGAAAACGAUGCUGAUUUCUCCCCCAUACCCUCAUUCUUUGUGAUGCCUGGUUUAAUGCUCAGCAUGAGUUCCAACUUGGUGGCAUCUGCUCUGCCAUCUGGCAAAGCUGAUCUUACCAAUAUUUUGCAUGGCGAACAAUACUUGGAAAUCUGUGAUGACAUUCCCACCAGUGGCAAAUUGACCACCACUGGCAAGGUAUUCGAUGUUAUGGACAAGGGAUCCGGUGCUGUUGUUGUCACUAAUUCAGACUCUUACGAUGAAUCCGGACGACUAUUGGUCAAGAAUCAAAGCUCCAUCUUUGUUGUGGGUGCCGGCAAAUUUGGAGGCAAAAACAACCCCAUCAAUGGUGUUGUACCCAUUGUCCCAGCACCCAACCGUGCACCUGAUGCCUCAAUCCAAUACAAGACAAGUGAAGAUCAAGCUGCUUUGUACCGCCUUUCUGGUGAUUUGAACCCACUACACAUAGACCCAAGUUUUGCAGCUAUUUCUGGCUUUAAGACUCCUAUUUUGCAUGGCCUUUGUUCUUUGGGCUUUUCAGUUCGUGCUGUUUUAGCCAAAUACGCCAAUAACAAUUCGGCCCUAUUCAAGGCAGUAAAAGUACGUUUUGCCUCGCCCGUCUUGCCCGGACAAACAUUGAAGGUCGAUAUGUGGAAGGAAGGCAAGCGUAUCUACUUCCGCACAAGCAUUGUCGAAACCGGCAAGGAUGUCAUUACAGGUGCUUAUGUCGACCUUAAAGAUACAUCUGCCAAGUUGUAAAUAAAAUGGCAAUAUAAACGCAUUCCCUGCGUAGUUGUUAAGUUAAGAAGAGUUUUACUCUGUGUGGGUGGUUUAAUUAGUCUGGUUUAAGAUAUAUAUAUUUUUUUUACAUGUGUACAUAAUUCCCUUAAAAAAUUAAUAUACAAUACAAUAUUUGUUUUUAAAUUAUGCAUA